AUGGGCAUAGCUUGUGAGAGAGACCUGCAAUGUGGGGUUGGAACAUGUUGUGCAAUAAGUCUGUGGUUACGUGGCCUUAGGAUGUGCACUCCAAUGGGGCAAGAAGGAGAAGAAUGUCAUCCAUUUACCCAUAAGGUCCCCUUCCAUGGUAAACGUCUGCACCACACCUGUCCUUGUAUCUCCAGCCUUGUGUGCUCCAAAUAUCUUAAUGGAAAAUAUCGGUGUUCAAUUAACUUCAAGAACAUGGAUUUUCAAUAG